GGGCUCUCACCCCCAAACAAAAGAGACGUUGCGGCCUAAAACCCUAAACCCCCACCGCCUCUCCCAUUCCCUAUAGACCCCACCAAGCCACCGCCUCACCGCCCACUCUCCCGCUCCAUUCCGUGGGAACGCCUUCCUUUGCCUCCCUCGUCCUCCCUUCGAUCAUCUAGGGUUACCGCUCUCAAUCCAGCGAUGUCCUUCGACGGGAGCUUCGUCUGCGAGGCCGGUCUCCAGCGGUUCCUUGCCCGCUGCCCCAAUCUCCGCUUGAAUUCCAGGCUCGUCGCUCUUUCGCAAAAGGGCGGAGUGCUGACGGUGGACGAUGUGGUAGCCGUGAUCGCCGACCCAUUUCUUCACCCGAGUUAUACUAUUCCGAUCAUGGGAUGCUUCCGCCCACUUUGUCGGAAAAUUGUCGAGAGGGUUGUGGCGAAGCUCAGCAGCGUCCCGAGCUUGGAAUCAGAAUCUAAUGAGGUUGUCGAGGAGAUUGGGGAGGAUGAUUUGCAUGUUAUAGAUUUCUAUGUUGAGAGAGGGAGAGGUUUGAGGCUUCAUGAGCUGGCUUCGUUGGCCUUCUGCCUUACUCUAGACUUGGCACCUUUCUUGCUGGGGAGUUUGUUGAGUUAUUUUAAAUUUUCCCCACCUCCUUUCGGACGUCUUUUAUUGUUGCGGUCUGCUUCAAAGUUCACAGAAAAGGAUGUUAAACAGUUGCUUGAUUCUGUUCGUGUGUCCUAUCGUUUUCUGGUCAUGGAACCGAAAGUGUUUGCUGAAUUAUGGGAUUGGUCCUGUUUCCUAGACGUGCCCCAGCAGACUUGCAAUAUUGGUUUAGUUGAUGGCAAAACAUCGAGCGACGCACUGGACAUAACAUGGUGUAGUGUACAGAUAUUAUCGGUUGUUCUUAGGAUAAGUGAUAGAGCUACUGAGAAUUUUGGUCUAGCACCAGAAGAAGCUUUUAUGUGCUUACUCCGGUGGGAGGAGUUUUGUAAGGAUACUUCAUUGGAAAAGGCUGGUUGGUAUCUUCAAGCACCUGAAAUGGAAAAUGGAGGCUGUCUUAUUGGAACUACUAAAUUUACUCCUUGUCUAGAAUCUUUUGACAAUGUUUCUUUCAUUAAUUCAUCAAUACAUUCUCGAGAUCUGGAAUCUGGAAGUAGAAGUUGCAGGAAUAAGGUCUCAUGUGAUGUCUUAUCGGGAAGCCAUUAUGUCUUGACUCCUACGGUAAAAAAGAGUUUUGAGAUGGUUUUAAUGGCAUUGAGUCAAAAAUGGCCGGUACUUCUCCAUGGCCCUGCAGGUGGUGGAAAAACUGCACUGAUCAAUAAAUUGGCACAGCUAAGUGGAAAUCGAGUUCUGUUCGUUCACAUGGAUGAACAAAUGGACAGCAAAACAUUGGUAGGAAGUUACAUCUGCUCAGAACAACCUGGUGAAUUCAGAUGGCAGCAUGGUUCACUAUCUCAGGCUAUUCUGAAAGGAUUUUGGGUUGUGUUUGAAGACAUAGAUAAAGCACCUAAUGAAAUACAAUCAAUCAUCUUACCAUUAUUGGAAGGUUCAAGUUCAUUUGUAACCGGUCAUGGGGAGGCAAUAAGUGUGGCUGAUAGUUUCCGCUUGUUUGCCACUGUGUCAACUUCAACGCAUGAAGUUGCUCAUGCUAUAGAAGGAAGUCUGCCCUUUAGCGUCUUAUGGAGAAAAGUGAUGGUUGCGACGGCAAGCAGUGGAGAUGUGCUAGACAUACUGAAUGCAUGGUAUCCUAGUUUAGAAUGUAUUUCUUCGAAGCUAAUUGAAACUUUUGAAAAAGUAAACUCUUUGGCCUCAUACCGACUGGGAGGAAUCCAGGAUGUUGGGGUUGUAUCAGCUGGUACUUUUAGUAGGUUCUCGUUAAGGGAUCUUCUGAAAUGGUGCAGGAGAAUUGCUGGUCUAGAUCUCAACUUUUCUGGCCUUGGUUUGUCAGCCAGUGAUCGUCAGAUUAUAUAUCAAGAGGCUGUUGAUAUAUUUGCAGCUUCCUUAUCCUCUUUUGAAAACCGCUUAUUGAUGAUGAGAGAAAUUGCUAGGAUUUGGGGAAUUGUGGAAAAUGUGUAUCCUCCUAGCAAGCCAGUUUUUCAGACUCGACGGUCGGAUUUACAAGUUGGAAGAGUGGUUCUACAAUGCUCUCAGGCUGCAGUUGUUCAACCGAAGAGACCUUUUGUUGGUAUUCGCAGUGCCUUACAUGUUCUUGAGAGGAUUGCUUGUUCUGUGAAGAACAAGGAACCUGUACUUCUGGUGGGUGAAACUGGUACUGGGAAGACUACACUUGUGCAGAAUCUGGCCAUGAGGCUUGGCCAGCCACUUACUGUGAUGAACUUAAGCCAGCAGAGUGAUGUUGCUGAUCUUUUGGGUGGAUUCAAGCCUACAGAUGCACGCUCAAUUUGCGUUCCUCUUUAUCAUGAGUUUAAGCAAUUGUUCUGUAAAACCUUUUCUGGAAAGGAUAAUGAAGCGUUGCUUCGUCAUUAUGAGAUAUAUGCAAUAGAAAAGAACUGGAAAAAGCUACUACAUGCCUUUCAAAAAUCAGUUGAGUUUGUUCAGAAACGUGUUUAUAGGAGGGUUGAUUCUGGCUGUGGCUCAAAGAGAAAGAGGCCUUUGUCUGAAGAUGUACUUCAAGAUUGGGAGUCUUUUUCUUUGAGACUUAAUGCUGCUCGUAAGCAAAUUGGUGCCGCUGCAGGCAUGUCAUUCACAUUUGUGGAGGGAGCUUUUAUAACUGCUCUAAGAAGUGGCUUCUGGAUCUUACUUGAUGAGAUAAAUCUUGCUCCACCAGAAACAUUACAGAGAAUAAGUGGUGUUUUAGAUGGAGAUAAGGGUACUCUUUGCUUGACUGAAAGGGGGGAUAUUGAUUACAUAGAUCGCCAUCCUUCCUUCCGUUUAUUUGCUUGCAUGAAUCCUGCUACAGAUGCUGGAAAGCGAGAACUGCCAUAUUCUUUCAGGAGCAGGUUUACUGAAUAUUUUGUUGAUGAUGUAUUAGAUGAUGAGGAUCUGACUCUUUUUGUUAAUCAAUAUAUGGAUGAGAUAAAUACUAGGGGUGAUAUGUCUAGCAGGAUUGUUCGGUUUUACAAAGCUGCCAAAAGUGAAUCUGAGGAGAGGCUGCAGGAUGGGGCUAACCAGAAGCCACAGUUCAGUUUGAGAUCCCUCGCUCGUGCACUGGAAUAUACUAAAAAGGCAGAGAAGAACUUUGGCUUCCAAAGAGCCCUUUAUGAUGGCUUUUGCAUGUUCUUUCUUACUUCACUGGAUGGCUCCAGUGCAAAAAUUAUGAACAAGAUGAUAGUGUCAUACUUGUUAGGUGGGACUGUGCCUCCCAGUAUUACUUUUGACGCUUAUUUUUCUGAAAAAUCAAAACCUGUAGAUGUUUCAGACUCUUCUACUUUCAUCGAGAAUUAUGUUCUUACUAGAAGUGUUAAGGAGCAUCUCAAGAACCUUGCACGUGCAGUGUAUAUCAAACGAUAUCCAGUUCUUCUACAGGGUCCCACAUCCAGUGGCAAGACUAGCCUUGUUCACUAUCUUGCUUCAGUUACUGGUCAUGAAUUUGUCCGUAUCAACAAUCACGAGCAUACUGAUUUGCAGGAGUACUUUGGCUCUUAUAUUACAGAUUCUUUUGGGAGACUUCAGUUUCAGGAGGGUGUAUUAGUAAAGGCUGUACGCAAGGGACACUGGAUUGUUUUGGAUGAGUUAAAUCUUGCUCCUUCAGAUGUGUUGGAAGCUUUAAAUCGGCUAUUAGAUGAUAACAGGGAACUCUUUGUACCUGAACUCCAAGAAACUGUGUCUGCGCACCCUGAUUUUAUGCUUUUCGCAACCCAAAAUCCACCUACAUUAUAUGGCGGGCGCAAAAUGUUGUCUCGAGCUUUUCGCAAUCGUUUUUUGGAGAUACAUGUGGAUGAAAUUCCAGAAGAUGAAUUGACCAUCAUUUUAGAAAAUAGAUGCAAGAUACCUGCAAGCUAUGCUAUGAAAAUGGUUGAAGUUAUGAAGGCUUUGCAGUUGCAUAGGCAAAAUAGUAAAGUCUUUGCUGGAAAACAUGGUUUCAUCACCCCACGAGACUUGUUUCGAUGGGCCAAUCGUUUCAGGAUGUUUGGGAAAUCCUAUGAAGAUUUGGCAAGAGAUGGAUAUCUUCUUCUUGCCGAAAGGUUGAGAGAUGAAAAUGAGAAGAAUGUUGUCCAAGAAACUUUGGAACGGUGCCUUCGUGUGAAACUGAUAAUAGAAGACUUGUACAAAGCGGAAAGAGGCCAGGGUGAUGCUGUUUUUGAGUUCUCUAGGAUUCCAGGAGGACAAGAGAACUUUGGAAAUAUUACAUGGACUAAAAGUAUGUGGAGGUUAUAUUUUCUUAUUGUGCGUUGCUAUGAGUUACGUGAGCCUGUCCUUCUUGUUGGUGAAACUGGUGGUGGGAAGACCACAGUCUGCCAGUUGUUGAGCAUUGUUUUGAGGGCAAGAUUGCACACUUUGAAUUGCCAUCAGUACACUGAGACUUCAGACUUCAUUGGGGGGUUUUAUCCAGUGCGAGAUAGAUCAAGAUUAGUUAUGGAAUUCAAACAUGGGAUUGAGAGGGUGAAGCAAUCCAAAAUUUUCCUUCACUUUGCAGGAGAUGUUGCAUUAUCUUCUGACAUAUCACAAGGUUUCAUGACUAUAAGUCAACUAAAUGAAAUACUUAAUAAUUACAAUCAAAAUGCUCCCUUGCAUCCUGAUGUCACUCAACAAGAUGUUGAGGCAUUUGAGCAAAUAAAACUGGAUCUGUUACAGCUGAAGCAGAAGUGGCAGACCAUAUUCCUCUGGCAGGAUGGACCACUUGUGCAAGCGAUGAAGGAUGGAGAUCUUUUUCUGGUGGAUGAAAUUUCCUUGGCUGAUGAUAGCGUACUUGAACGGCUGAACAGUGUUUUAGAACCUGAAAGGAAAUUGUCACUAGCUGAGAAAGGGGGUUCUGUUCUUGAGAAGAUAACUGCUCAUCCUAGUUUCUUCAUUCUUGCAACAAUGAAUCCGGGAGGUGAUUAUGGGAAGAAGGAGCUUUCUCCAGCAUUGAGAAAUCGAUUUACUGAGAUAUGGGUUCCUCCUGUGAACGAUGUUAAUGAACUUAAGAGCAUUGCAAUUGAAAGGUUCGUUAAGUCAGAAAUCUUGUUCUUAGCAGAUUGUAUGUUAAAGUUCUGGCAGUGGUUCAAUCAAUUGCAAACUGGGAGGCAACUCACAGUGAGAGAUUUGUUGUCCUGGAUUUCAUUUAUAAAUGUGACUGAGGGAAGUCUUGGAUCUGAAUAUGCAUUCAUACAUGGGGUGUUCCUCGUUUUACUAGAUGGCCUAAGUUUAGGGACAGGUAUAUCCAAAAAUGAUGCUAAAUUGUUAAGAGAGCAUUCUCUGUCUUUUCUUCUGAAAGAACUAAAGGAGGUGUCUGAUGGUAGUUUGGUUGACUCACGGUUGUUUAAAAUGGAAAAUUAUGGAUGGGGGGAUGAUCUAAAGCUCGCAGAUAACUUAUUCAGCAAUGACUUGCAUUCAGAAGAUCUCUUUGGUAUCGAGCCAUUCUACAUUGCUAAAGGUAGCAAUGAGUGUAAGCAUGAGGGAUUCGAAUUUCUGGCACCUACUACUAGCCGGAACGUUUUGCGGGUACUGCGUGCAAUGCAGCUUUCCAAACCUGUUCUGUUGGAAGGUAGUCCAGGUGUUGGAAAAACAAGUUUAAUUGUUGCAUUGGCAGAGUACUCUGGUCAUACUGUUGUGCGGAUCAACCUCUCUGAGCAGACCGACAUGAUGGAUCUUUUGGGAUCAGACUUGCCUGUUCAGGGAGAGACUGGAAUGGAAUUUUCUUGGUCUGAUGGCAUCCUUCUCCAGGCUCUAAAGAAUGGCAGCUGGGUUUUGUUAGAUGAACUUAAUCUUGCUCCUCAAUCUGUCCUGGAGGGUUUGAAUGCUAUUUUAGACCACCGUGCUGAGGUCUUCAUACCAGAGCUGGGUUUAACAUUUAAAUGCCCUCCUUCAUUCCGAAUUUUUGCAUGUCAGAAUCCUUCUUGUCAGGGUGGUGGCAGGAAAGGUCUCCCAAAGUCAUUUCUCAAUCGCUUUACUAAGGUUUAUGUGGAUGAAUUAGCCGCUGAUGAUUAUCUUUUCAUCUGCCAAUCACGCUUUCCAUCAAUCCCACAAACAGUACUUUCAAAGCUCAUUUCCUUUAACAACUGUCUUUAUGAGGAUACGAUGGUUUAUCGAAAAUAUGGUCAAGAAGGCUCUCCCUGGGAGUUCAAUCUUCGUGAUGUCAUUAGAUCAUGCCAAAUUAUAGAAGGUGCACCUGCGAAUGCCAAAGUUGACAGCUUUUUGAAUAUAGUAUACCUUCAAAGAAUGCGUACUGCAACUGACAGAAAAGAAGUUCUGAAGCUUUACGAAGCUGUAUUUGGGUUGAAACCAUCUAUAACUCCAACACCAAGACUCCGAGUCAAUCCAAAGUACCUGAUCAUGGGGAAUGCAUGUGUUGAAAGAAAUCAUUUUCAACCUGCAAAAAUAUUAAAAAGCCAAAUCAAUAUGCUGCCAGGGAUUUGUCAGAGUCUGGAAGCUGCUCUUCACUGUAUACAGCAGCGAUGGCUAUGCAUUUUCGUCGGUCCAAGUUCAUCUGGGAAAACUUCACUUGUUCGGUUGCUUGCUCAGCUUACAGGAAAUGAAUUGACUGAACUAAGCCUUUCUUCUGGAACUGAUGUUUCUGAGUUACUUGGAUCGUUUGAGCAGUAUAAUUCCUAUCGCAGUUGUAAGGCAGUCAUAUCCCAGGUUGAGCACUAUGUUGAUGAGUACUUCAGUCUACGGUUGGAGGUCAACUGGAUGGAUUUAAUAAAUAGUAGAAAAGAUCUAUUUGCAAAGUGGUUUUCAUUUUUGGCAGCUAAGAAAAACUAUUCUUGUAUGUCUGCCUCUGCAUCUGCAGAAACAUUGAAAACCCAAUCUCACAGUUUGCUUAGUCCAUUAAUUGAGAUUAUUGAGGAACUGAAGCAUGAUUUGGAAAUGUUUCACUUGCCUGUGUCAUGGUCAUGCAAAGACCUGGAAAAAUCCCUAAAGACUGUCCUUGAAUUGCAAAGGAAAAAGAUGAUGCAGCCAUCAGCAAAUUUUGAAUGGGUUGCAGGUGACUUGAUCAGGGCCAUUGAUUGCGGUGAAUGGAUUGUUCUAGACAAUGCAAAUCUUUGCAAUCCGACGGUUCUUGAUAGGAUCAAUUCUUUGGUGGAGCCAGAUGGGUCCAUCAUUAUAAACGAAUGUGGUCUUGUUGAUGGAAGGCCUGUGGUACUUCAUGCCCAUCCCAAAUUUCGAAUGUUCCUUACUGUAGACCCAAAGCAUGGUGAAGUUUCUAGAGCCAUGCGUAACAGAGGAUUAGAAAUUUUCUUGAUGCAACCAAAUUGGCUGCUUGAUGGAGAAGGAAGUGAUGACUGCAUGGGUAGUGAGAUAAUCGAUGUAAAGAGUCUCUUAACUUUCUCUGGUAUACCUAGUAGCAAGUUGAUUUUGGCAAUGAGCAACGCACAUAUGUAUGCCAAAGCAGCAGGAUUACGUCUUGGUGUACGUAUUACUCUUCUUGAGCUUACGCGUUGGAUUCAGCUAUUCCAGCAGCUUCUCAUGAAUGGCAACCAGCUCACAUGGAGUCUCCAACUAAGUUGGGAGCAUACUUACCUGUCAGCAUUGGGUGAAGCUGAGGGAACAGACACAAUCAUGCAAGCAAAAGUUUCCUACUUAUCAAAUACUGAAUGGUAUAAAUUGGAUCCACUGUCAGGUUGUUCCUUAUCAUUGCCAGGAGGAUGGCCAGUGCCCCAUACAUUGAGAAAUUUUUUGUGGUAUUCAAAAGAAGCUUGUGUAAAGCAAAACUGCAUGUAUUUGGAGUUCUUGGGUGCAAAAUGUGCUUCAUACAAAUUCAAUUUUAGCAGUGAUGCAACUUUUCCAUUUGACAAGAUCAGCAAAGAUCAGCCAUCUGUAAUACCAGCAAAUAUGCUGCAAGUUCUUUUAUUUCCAAAUGCUCUUGGCAAGCAGAAUGUUAAGUCUAACAUCAUGCCUGUGGAAUUUGAUUUGGCACUGGUCAAUCAGAUGCUUUUCAUUGCUGCAAACUGGACUAUUGAACAAGCAACAGAAAAUGAUCUUGUAUUGUAUAUUUUAUGGUUCAAGUGGUACAGUUCCAUGUUAGAACCGUAUUGUCAUUUUUUUAAAUCCUUUUCGACUAUACUCGAACAAGAAAGGGACCACCCCAUUUGGAAUUGCAUUUUAGAUGGCAGGAGGGAGGUCGUUUCUUAUCAUAAAAUAAAUAUUGAUGAGCGACCUCUUCCAUUGCUUUCUAAGAAAUUGGUGGAGUUGGGAGCUUCAGACGGAAACAUUAAGAAUGUCCAGAAACAUCUUGAUAAUGCAAUCCAGUGUGUGAACUUGUUGCGGCUUACAUAUAAACAAUGGAAUUCUGAGACAGAUUAUUCUUAUGGCGAAAAGUCUUUGUGUUAUUUAUUAUCACCAGUAUUAAAUUCUUUGAGAUGCUUGGAAAGUGAGGUGCUUAAAAUAGUAGCAGAGUCCAAGAAACUUUUGCAAAUAUACUCUAAUAUUCUUGAGUAUCAUUUGUCGUUUUGGAAGAGCAUUACCUCAUCUCAUUUUGAAUACUUGGUGGUGAUUUGGAGCUGUCUAAGAAAGGAAGCAAUGAAAUUGCAGCGCAGAUUCCCAGAAGCAGUGGGUGCUUUAUUGUCGGUGAGUUUGAACCUUAACCAUAUCUCAACUUGGAGUCUGCACACAGAAGAGCCCACCUUAUGGAUUUAUGGGGGUCAUCCCAUUUUACCAUCCUCUGCUGAUGUUUUUUACAAACUGCAGCACCUAUUGAGCUUUUGUAAUGCAGUUUGGCCAAGGAAAAAGUUAUUAAAGCAAAAUUUUAGUGAUAGUCAUUUAGUAAUGGAGGCUGUUCUAUCAACUAAUAUUGACCUUCGACACCUCGCAAUGCAAGGUGUUUGUAUGUCAUCAUAUAUUACAACCAAGGGAGAUCAAGAAACUGCCAACGCUGUGGCUCAAUUGGAGGAGUUGCAUCAGAGGCUUUUAAAUAGGUUUGAAUAUGAAAGGAAAAAUAUCGAAUUGGUUUUUGGGUCUACAGAUAGAACAAAAACUUCCACAAUGGGGGGUUCGACUACUACUUGCUGUUCUUUUUCUUCUGAUAUUUUAUGCAGACAAUCUGGUUUCAGUAGUUGGUUGGUGAUUGUUCCUUUAUUUGACAUAAAGAGCUUUUCACUGGAUAUCAAGUUACUCAAAGAAUUUUCGAAGUGCAUCUCAGCAAAUGCUGGCGAAGUUCAUCAGGUUUUGUCCAAAACAUCCAAUCUACUGCAACAUGCACUGGAAUACUCAUUGGAUUUCACAUCAAGGUCACCUAUGGAUUUCACACCGCACCAAAUGAUUUUGUGGAUUCUAGAUGCUUGGGAUUCAGUGGAUUCAGUGAAAACAAAAUUUGCCAAUUUUCUUCUUGAAAUGUGGUUCAAAUAUCAUUCUUCCUUGUGGAAUCACUGGUCUGGACCACUUGAGAUAAGCUCUGGAAGUGAUUAUGGUGAAUCCUGUCACUUAGUUUAUCCAACAAGAACCGCAACUAUAGACAUGAUUAUUCAGUGUAAAUCUUGUGUAAAGGAUUAUGAUGUGAACUGCUUGAAGCUUAGAGUUGUCUCCAGAUGUCUUUGGCAAGAUACUCCAUUACAGGGAGAUUUAAUUGGUGUUCUUCACUCUGCUGCUGAUUCUCUCUUCAAACAGAUCCUACUUGUACAUGAGAAAUCUUUUGAUAAAGAUGCAUUCAGCAAGAUAAAAUCAAUUCUUUGUUCACUGUUGGAUAAUGGUAUAACGCAAGAAGAGCUUCAAUUUUUAAGGUCACUCCUCUCAUCAUCAAGUCAUGGUGUACUGACUUCUUUGGAGGAUUCACUUAUAGAACCUUUGCUUAAGGAACUAUACUUCGAAUACCCAUCCCAUGAUUCUUUGUACAAUCUUGGCUGUGCAUGGUUACACAUUGGGGCAUUGCGCUUCCAUCUGUUGUUAAAUUCAGAUGGUCCUGAUCCUGCAAUGAAGUAUGCCUUCAAGUAUUCACAGAUACUAGAAAAGAUUGCCCUACUGGAGCUUGAAAUCAAGGUGCGCCUAGAAUGUGAGCAGCUUGCAGGAAGGAUCUCAACAAGAGAUGAUGAAAAACAGAGAGUAUCUUCAUUACAAAGUCUGGAAGAGGAACGGAAUCGACUACAAGCAAAGGUUGUGUUUCGUCCUGAGCCUCAGAAAUAUAAGAGCUUGAGAUCAGUAUGUGCUGACUUCCGGAAGCUUGCAUCAUCCUGCAUGGAACUUAGUAAGAAUCUGAAAUGCAAUGCUGAUCGCUCACUGAUGAUUAAUGUAGCUUGCAAUUGGCAGGUCACUUCUGCUUCCUUUAUUAAAAGGCUGUCGGAAGAAUUUGCCGAGUAUAUUGACUUGAUUCAACCAGUUCAAGUUGCUGUAUAUGAAAUGAAAUUGGGUUUAUCAAUGGUUGUAUCAAGUGCUCUGGAAGGGGAGUAUCUAAAGAAGGUUGAAGAAGACAAUAUUGAAAGAAUUUUGGCCACAAUUUAUUCUUAUAUGCAGUUUCCUAGAGGUUUGCCAGUUGGAGGAUACCCUGUUGAGCUGAUUGAUAGAGGAACUGAAAACAUAGCUUUAACAUAUGCAUCUGCAAGCAUCCUGGCAGUUGAUUUCAAUUUAUUGAACAAGUUGGUUAUCAUAUCAAGUGAGAUCAGUCCUGACAAAUCAAUCUCACUUGUACAGCUACAAACUACCAUUCAUCAUAUUAUGCUCAUUCAUGCGGCACAUCAUGUUUGUUGUUCUCUUGUGAUUGACAAGGCUUCCUUCCUGCUCUUGGAUGAUAUAUUUGGUCACUUUACAAGCCUAUGGAUGAAUAUGAAAUCACAAAAGAAAGCCAAAGAAGAUGACGAGGCUCAACUCUACAAGUUUAGGCCUCGUUCGAUCAAGAUAGAAGACAUUUUGGUAGGGGAUAUGUCUCAACUCAGUGAUUUGGAUUCGGAUGGUCCUCUGACACUUGAGAAUGGAGAGACCUUGAUGCAACAAGAAUUUACUGAAAUGAGGAAAUCUGCUAAAGAAGAUGAAACUAAAGAAGAAGAAUGGGACCUCAUUUUUGACAACAUUUUGAAGAGUAUGGUGCUUGUCCACAAUGAAUUAUUUGGUUCAAGUGAUCUUGUUGAAGAACCUGGCAUUGGUCUCAUUACUGAUGAACAAAGACUGCAUUCCUUUAUGGAAUCCUACAGAUUAGGGACCAGGAUAAUAAAAGACCUCCAGGCAUUCCAUUCUUCCAUCCUGGAUGAAAACCUAAUGCCAGAACAUUUGCUUCGCAUAUGCUUGGAGUAUGAGCAGACUUUGGGCAUAUCUUGUCAACCAGCUCAUGUCUACAAUAUCUACAAGGAUUCAAAUGCUUCGGUUAUGCAUAAAAUGGUCAAACCACUGACAGUCAUUCAGGAACAAAUUAAAUCUUUUCUGAAUGAGUGGCCGGACCAUCCAGGUCUUCAGAAGAUAUUGGACACUACAGACACUCUUUUAGCAAUUCCACUGAAUACACCUUUGUCGAAGGCUUUGUUAGGGUUGCAGCUUUUGGUUGGUCGAGCGCAAUCGUUGCAGGAGAAUGCUUCUAGAUUUUCCCUUAAAAAUGAGCUCCAACCAAUAUAUGACCUGGUGUCCUCAUGGCAAAAGCUUGAAUUAGAUUGUUGGCCUGCUUUACUUGAUGAUGUUCAGAAACAGUAUGAGAUUAAUGCUGGAAAGUUAUGGUUUCCCUUGCAUGCAGUUCUUCAUCGUAAAUUAUCUGGUGAUGCUGAAGCUGAUAGUUUGUUUACAAUUCAGAGUAUUGAGGAGUUUAUUCAAACUUCUAGUGUGGGAGAGUUUAAGAAACGCCUUCACCUCCUCCUCUCCUUCCAUGGCCAGCUUAAACAUGGUAUCAACUUGAAAGCUUAUUCUAGUCCUAAUAUGGCAAAAAAUCUGAACAUCCUGUACAAUGCAUUUGGAUAUUAUGUGCAAUUUAUGCCCUUAGUUUUGGAGCACAUUGAAGCUGGCAGAAGAUGUGUUGAAAAAGAUUUGAAAGAAUAUCUCAAACUCUUCCACUGGGAGCACCCUCACAAUUACUCUUCAAUUGAUAAUUUUAGGAGGACUCGACACAAGAUCUGGAAAUUAAUUCAGAAAUUCAAUGAUGUUCUACAACAACCUGUGAUGAUUAUCCUUAACCAAGAAGCGGCACUAGUGAGAGAUAAAGUUCCAUCUUGGCUUGAACAUAGGAUCUGCAAUGAAGUGAACAUGGAGGUGCUGCAGUUUCCUGUGGAUCUUGUGAAGCUGAGAAAUACAGAAAGGUUCGUAUGGUAUGGCAACUGGAGAAAUAAGGCUGAAUCAGCAUUGCAGGGCAUGUGCGACGGCAGUAUUCCUGGUGUUGAUUUCUUGGAGAGUAAAGGGCUUGUAGAUGCCAUCAGGCAAGCCCUGUUCUCUGAAUCUACAGGUGGGCACUUCAAGCAAGCAUGGGAGGAUGGCUGGACUUCACUUGAAAAUAUUUGCAUCCAUGCAGCUGAAUUUGCUCAUAUCUGGAAACACGAAACCAAAAAUCUCAAAAAGAGGAGGGCGCUAGGGGAUCUGUUGAAGGCUUUGGAAGGUUGUGGAUUAUCUAGGCAUAGAUCCAUAAUUACUGAGCUUGAAGUUCAAUCAGGCCAGCCAAGUAACUCAUUUCUUCAGCCUUCAUAUGAUGUGCUACAUUUGCUUCUGAAAGAGUGCAACCGAUCUUGUAAAGACAUCAAUAUUGGUGUUCCCAGCCAUGCUGAAAAGCCUGCAGGUGUUAAUGGUGCUUUGAAAUGGGAGGAUGCAAAUCAGUACUACUUUAAAAGCCUGGCUAUGAUGCAGCAAUUUAGACAGAUUUGCCUAAAUUUCAAUAAAGAUCUCAGCCUAGAGCAGGUUAACCGAGCAGCCUCUUUCCUAGACCAUCUAAUUAUCCUGCAACAUGAGCAGCGAUAUGUUGCUUAUGGUGUAUCCGAGCAGCUGAAAAAUCUAAGACAGCUGUUUCAUUUGUUAAAUAGCGCAGGAUUUGGUGGCAAUAUUUCUGUAAGUCCAAACCAAAAUGCCGUGCUCAAGUGCAUUUGGCUUCAAAAACAACUACUUGAUAGCCUACUUGCCAUGUCAAAAGAUGUGAACCUGUUGCUUGGAAGAGUCAAAAACAGUCAUAUGAGUACGUGCACCAUUGUCAGGGUUGAAGCUGAUGUGUUAUCUGCUCUCAUUGAUAAGUUUAUCCCAAGCAUUUUGAAGUCUAAGGAAUCGUUGGAUGAAUAUCUUAUUGGCAGUGACAGAUCUAUUUCUACAGCUGCACAUGUGCCCUUUGUUGUUACUGAACAGAUGGAACAAUUAGUAAUGUGCAAUUUUCAGAUUAUUAACAACAUUAAAGAGGAUAUCCAGACUUUGGUCUUAGAAACUGCAUGUAUGAGAUCUUUGAAGGGAAUUUUGCUUGAUCGUUUGAAGGAGCUAAUCAACAAGGGGAACAUGUUGAUGGAGGAUUUCAAUUCUGAGAUUGAGGCGAGUAGCCAGUUGGCUGGUGAGGAGAAUCCCAUUUUCAUGGAAGUCUUCAGUAAGCUUGGAGCUGUAUAUGCUGAUUCUUUUGCACAAACAAAUAAACUAAUGAAUGAUGCGUUCGGAAAGCUAGAUGUGCUUCAUGAAGGCCAUACUCUUGUUCAAGAAUUGUCAGCUGAGAAUAUCACUUUGUGGAAAGAUCUUUUCGAAUCAUAUAUGAUGAAUCUACAUCUUGACCUUAUGUAUAAUGCACUUACUAAAACAGUUGUUGCAGCGAGCAAACUGGUAAACUGUGCUGCACAUAGAAAACCAGAAGUGUGCACUCAGGUACAGACAAAUUUAAAGCAUCUUCAUGUAUUGUUGGGCCUUAUUGUAACUUUUGCUGAGGGCAUCCUAUCUGAGUUUUUAGAUGCACACGGAACUAUAGCUGAAAUGACUCAUGUGCUUGCCCAUAUUUUUGCUUUACUAUUUUCUAAAGGACUUGGUUCUGUAGAAGAACCAACAGAAAAUACUGCUUGUGAUGGAACACAAGAUGCUAGUGGAACUGGUAUGGGAGAGGGUGAAGGUAUAAAUGAUGUGAGCGACCAGAUAGAAAAUGAAGCACAGCUCCUUGGAUCUUCUGAAAAGCAGGAUGAACUGGAGAACUCAGAGAAAGUACCAAGUAACAAGGACAGAGGAAUAGAGAUGGAUGAUGAUUUUGAUGCUGAUACAUUUGAUGUCAGUGAGGACUCAGGAGAUGAUGAUGUUGAAGAUGAGGAGGAAAUGAACUUGGACUCUAAGAUGGGAGAGACUGGAGAUGGCAGUCAGGUAGUUGAUGAGAAGCUCUGGGAUAAGGAUGAAGAUGGUAAACCUGAUACUUCUGUUGAUAAAUAUGAAUCAGGUCCCUCUGUCAAAGAAACAGAUUCCGGUAGUAGGGAACUCAGGGCUAAAGAUGAUAGUGCUUUAGAAGUGGAAGAAUCUGGAGAGAUGGAUGAUGAUGAGUCUGAUGGGCAUAGCAAGGAGGACAAGGAACCUAGUAUUUCUGAUGAUGAUGAGAAUGCUGUUGACAUGAAUCUGGACAAAGGUAAUGCAUUCGAAGAUCCAACAGGAAUUCAAUUUCAUGAAGAGGAGAAAAAUUUGGAAGAUGUAAGCAUGGAUGAACCUAAAGGUUCUGAUGUGAUGGAUGGAACCGAUUCAGAUCCUACUCGGUCUGAUGAAGAAAUGAACGAUGAAGAUGAAAAUUCCAGUCCUAUUGAUCACAUUAAUGAUGAGAACUCUUUGGAACUAGAUGAAAACACUGAGACUAAGGGAGAGGAGGAUGCUGAGAAUGCAAAUAUGGACUUGGAUGCAAGUAAAGAAACUUUGCAGUCAUCUAAGAUUGAGUCAGUUGAGUAUCCUGCAGAGCAAGCUGGUUUAGCUGAGCCGCUAGGUGAUCCUCAUAAUAUAGACUCAAAUGCAGACCCGGAGAUGCACUGGGCAAAUAGCAGUGACAUGAAUGCUGGCAUUGCUCCUUCAAGGAAUUUACCAUGUAAUGAGGUGCCCAAAAUUGAAUUAUCUUUGCCAGACUUGAAUGAUGGUUCCAGGUUAUCCUCUGAUCAGCCAAAACCUCAGACUCUGCAAGUUGAUACAUCACCUAUGCAAAGUACUCAGACGAACCCUUACAGAAGUAUAGGACAUGCCAUGGAGGAGUGGCAAGAAAGGGCUAAGGUGUCAGUUGAUCCCCAGGAGCAUCAACCUGUAGCUCAUGAUGAUAUUGUUGAUAAGAAUGCAGAUGAGUAUAGAUAUGUUUCAGAAGCAGAAAAGAGCACUACUCAAGCACUUGGAGCAGCAACAUCUGAUCAGAUUAAAAGCAGUGCUGAAGGAAACAAGUCCACUGCAGAGGAAGGUUAUGUCAGGAAAAAGGAUGUUGACAGAAAUGAUGUUCUAGAGGAGAAUUCUGAAACGCACCAUCUGAAGGCUAACCAAGCUUCAAUUCCCAGACAGAAAGUUGAUGAGGAAUUGGUCAAUGCGGUAGUGGAUAUUGAUGCAUCAAUGGAAGAAAUGGAGGAAACUAAUUUGGAGAGCCUGUCAGGGGACAUGGUUUCAUUCAGAAGUUCUUACAUGGAUGAGAAAAUUUUGCCUCUUGCUAACUUUAUGAAUGAUAAAGCAUUGUCCAAGUCCAUGGAUAUUGAAGAAAUAUCCGACCAGACAAUGCAUAAAGCAAUUUUAGACUGGAAAAGGUAUGAACUGGUCACAACGAGGUUGUCUCAGGAACUGGCUGAGCAGUUGCGCUUGGUCAUGGAACCAACUUUGGCAAGCAAGCUUCAAGGAGAUUAUAGAACUGGAAAGCGAAUAAAUAUGAAAAAGGUUAUUCCGUACAUAGCAAGCCAUUUCCGAAAAGAUAAGAUCUGGUUGAGGCGAACCAGGCCCAACAAGAGGGAUUAUCAAGUGGUGGUUGCAAUUGAUGAUUCACGUAGUAUGUCUGAAAGCCUUUGUGGGAAUGUUGCCAUUGAAGCUCUGGUAACAGUGUGCCGAGCAAUGUCACAACUGGAAGUGGGGCAGUUUGCUGUUGCAAGUUUUGGUGAAAAGGGAAACAUAAAGUUGCUUCAUGACUUUGAUCAGCCUUUUACUGGAGAAGCUGGUGUCAAGAUGAUUUCCAGCUUAUCAUUCAAGCAAGAUAAUACCAUAGCGGAUGAACCAAUGGUUGAUCUGUUAAAGUAUUUGAACAACAUGCUUGACACUGCAGUAGCAAAAGCACGCACGCCCUCAGGCCAGAACCCACUCCACCAACUCAUUUUGAUUAUAGCUGAUGGCAGGUUUCAUGAAAAGGAAAACCUGAAACGUUGUGUCAGGAAUGUUCUGAAUAGAAAGCGGAUGAUUGCAUUUAUACUUCUAGAUAGCCCUCAAGAAUCUAUCAUGGACCUAAUGGAAGCAUCUUUUGAAGGCGAAAAACUUUCUUUUACAAAAUAUCUAAAUUCAUUUCCAUUCCCAUAUUAUAUUGUGUUGAAGAAUCUUGAAGCACUUCCUCGGACUCUAGCUGACUUGCUGAGACAGUGGUUUGAGCUUAUGCAGAGCAUAAGCGAGUAGAUUACUUUUGCCAUAUGCGGAAACUGACAAUGAUGGACGUGAUUUCUUGGUACAUUCCAGGAUCCAAGAUGAAGUGUACAUAGCAUCGACGAGAUCUUGUUUCAUAUCAAUUUUGUCAGCAUAUACUGUCUAAACCAAAAACAGUUGGGAAAAGUUAAUGAUCAUGGUAAUAGCUAUGCAAUAUGAGUGUACAUAUUCCAAUACGAGAUUUUGUUCUGUAUAUCAAUUUUGUCCGCAUAUCGUCUGUUCCAUAUAUCAAUUUUGUCUGCGUAUUUUCAGAACUCGUAACAAGGGAAAAUUAUAUUUUAUUUGUGCAAGUUAUUUUAAUGUCGGUGUAAUUGCAAGUGCAUUCAAUGCCAUUGUGGCCUCCAAAUAUGACCUGUCGAAAUGAAAUGGUGCUUGAGAAAAUGCUACGCAGUUUUCUUAGGCAUUUUAUUUAUA